GCGGAGCGAAAGUCCUCUCGGUGUGAAAAAGGGGGGUAACCCGGAGUGACGGCGUGGUGGCCGCGCUGCUCUCGGAGCUCGAAGUUGCCCCUGCGUCUUUUCUCCCUCCGGCCGCUCUGUUCCUGCGGCGGUGCUGUCUGCAGGAGGCUGCAGCAGACAGACCAACAAACACACAGACAGACCGACUACCUUGAAAAAAGUGUGAAGAGCCGAGGAGAAGACAUCUUCAAGGACCCUGCAGAAACUACACGCCAGGUGUAGAGCCGCGGUUGUGUCAUGACCCCCCGGGAGCACCUGAGGAAGAUGACUGCUUUGGGGGAGCAGGGACCUCUCGAUGAGAAGCACUGGUACCGCCUGGUCAACGGGAUGUCUGCGGGGGAGCUGCGGCAGAGGCAGGAGCUGCUGAUGAGGAAUCAGAUGGCCAUGGCCCCCCAGCUCCUGGCCCAGGGUCAGCAGCGCCUGCAGGGCGUCCCGGCCCAGUUUGAGCCUCGCUUCAUGGACCGGGAGCUGGUGGCCCCCUCUGAGAUGGUGCCCACUGAUGCCCGGCAGAUCCACAUGGGGCCCCACCUUGGCCCGCCCCUGCCCCCCCACUCCAAUGUAAUGCCCACCAGAGGAUUCCCUGGGGGAGGAUAUGGUUUCCUGCCCUCAGAACCCAUGGAGACGGUUGCCCGGAGACAGGAGAUGCUUCACAAGCAGAGCAUAGCCAGAAUGGAGAUGAACGCAAUACUGCACCAGAAGGAGCUGGAGAGUGCCCAUCAGAAGGGGCUUAUGGGUAUUGAGUCCCCCGUGAUGUUCCAGGGGAUCCCCCCAAACGGCAUGGUUUUCAGAGGGCGCCAGCGGCUCCCCGAAGGGCACCUCCCCAGCGAUGUCUUCGUCCACCGCACCACGCUGGAGGACCUGCAGGCCAACAGCCUCCUCAUGUCUGCCAGCCCCUACCCACCAAUCAGCACGCUGCAGAGGGAGAGGGGACGGCGGGCCAGCAGGAGGGUGACCAAUCACAAGAGCGCAGACAGCAACGCCCCCGGUUCCAAGGGCCAAUCGGAAGACAAGAGCGUGGAGCAGAGCCCGGGGGCUUCGGGAGAGGAAAAGGAGGUGGAAGGGAAAGGCGAGUCAGGCAGCGAGACCGCGAGUAAACCAGACCUGACGAAAAUGGACGCCGACCUGCCGUCCGGCAGCAGCAAGCCCUACAAGGACUGCGAGUCGGGACUGCGCAAGAAUGGCAUCAUCAGCCAGGAUGGAUGUGCUGAUGGCACGAGCCUCUCUGCGGGCGCCGGGGACAAAGACAUGCCCAACCCCUGCUCAACUUUCCACGACAAGUUUCUCUACCCCUCCUCUUCUGCCCAGCUCUCCAACAUGCCUUACAUGUUCCCGGUUCCAGGCAGCGGACUCCUGCCUCCUGGGCCCAACAGUGUUUUUCUCAAUGGCGAAGACAUGUCGUCUGUUGAGGACAUUCGGAAGUGGACAGUGGAGGACGUCUACAACUUCGUCAACAACAUCCCCAGCUGCUCCGAGUACGCUCAGACGUUCAAGGAUCACAUGAUCGACGGGGAGACUCUGCCCCUUCUCACAGAGGAGCACCUCCUGGACACGCUCAGCAUGAAGCUGGGCCCAGCGCUCAAGGUCCGAUCCCAGGUGUCCCGGCGAAUGGGCAGCAUGUUCUACAUGAUGAACCUGCCGCUCGCCGCCGCCGCCCUGCAGACCAACCCGGAGAAGGCGGGCGACCGCUCGUCGGAGGUCAGCUCCCCCCUCAACUGCAACAGCGUGGAGCUGCUGGGGAGCCCGUGCACCAGGGAUAUGGAGAGCGCCAAGCCCCCUGAGCAGGCGCCCAUGAUGGACAACCCCACCCCGCAGUCCACGGUGGAAACCGCCUGAGCUGCGUGGGAUCCCACGCGGAUCAGGGGGGACUCAGACUGUCACUAUCAGCCAAAAACGGCUGCUUUUUGCUGUGCCCCACUGCAUUUCCUAUACUGCACUCAGGUUUACCCUUUUCACAAGAAAGUACAUAAUAAACUGGCACACAAGCCUUUUCAAAGGGACACAUGUGAGCAUUGGUUCUACCAUGCAAACUUGGAAUGAGCCAGUGAAGGGGGGGGG